AACAGAACUCGACAGAGAAACCCCAAAAACAAAGGCAAUGCUGUUUCUAUUCCAGACUCAGUUCCUCUCUCAGUCCAACUCCAACUGCUGAGUUCCCCAUCAAUCUCUCUUCUCUCUCUCUCUCUCUCUCUCUCUCUCUGACCCUUGUCCUUAACCAUAACUAUGCAACCCUGUAGCAGAGAAAUGCAAGGAUCAAUCAACUCCUUCCUCACCACCACCACCACCACCACCACCAACAACCCUUCUCAAAUCUCCCUUCAAGACCUCCACCACCACCACCACCACCACAACACCACCACCACCCAGAUCCAAAAUUCACCCACCAUGAACAACCAUCAUCAACAACUCAACCCUCAGUUCGACCCAACCUCCCAUGACGACUUCCUGGAGCAAAUGCUCUCCACCCUCCCUUCUUUCUGGGACCCCAAUUCUGACCUCUCCGCCGAAACCACCCCCGAUAAUGUCGCCGCUUUCCCCUUCGACGAACACUCCACCCUCAACUCCAAGUUCCGUAACCACCAGAUCACCUCCCCCACCACUAAAGCCGCCGCCGCUCUCAUGCUCCAACAACACCUCCUCCAGAUGCCAGCAAACGACGUCGUCGACCCCACAAACUUCUUCAAAUCCCCCAAUCCCGGUGGUGAAGCUUCAGCUUCAGUUCAAGCUCUGUACAACGGUUUCACCGGAUCUCUGAAUGGCACCCAACCUCAGCAGCAUUUUCAACAUCCUCCUCAGGGAAAUUCGAAUCAGAUUCAGGGGCAGAAUUUUGGGGCAACAAACCAGGCUCCACCGGCGAGUGGCUCAGCCGGCGGCGGCGGCAACCAGGGUCAGGCGAAGCCGAGGGUGAGGGCACGGAGAGGUCAAGCGACGGACCCACACAGCAUUGCUGAAAGGUUACGAAGGGAGAGAAUUGCAGAAAGAAUGAAGGCACUUCAGGAACUGGUCCCCAAUGCUAACAAGACAGACAAGGCAUCCAUGCUGGAUGAGAUCAUCGAUUACGUGAAGUUCCUGCAGCUCCAAGUCAAGGUUCUGAGCAUGAGCAGAUUGGGUGGUGCAGCUGCCGUGGCUCCCCUUGUUGCUGAUAUCUCCUCUGAGGGAGGAGGAGGAGGAGGAGGCGGUGACUGCGUCACCAACGGAGCUGGUGGGGUCCUCCCCCGGAGCACCACCACCGCAGCGUCAACCACAAACGACAGCCUCACCAUGACAGAGCACCAGGUAGCCAAGCUAAUGGAAGAAGACAUGGGCUCCGCCAUGCAGUAUCUCCAAGGCAAAGGACUCUGCCUCAUGCCAAUUUCCCUCGCCACCGCAAUCUCCACCGCCACGUGUCACACCAGGAGCCCCUUGAUUCCAAACAAUCUCGCCAACCUUGCCGCCGCCGCUGCAUCUAACGGCGAAGGGCCGUCAUCACCGAACAUGUCCGUGCUGACGGUGCAGUCUGCGGUGGCGGGUAACGACAGCACCGUCAAAGACGUGUCGAAACCGUGAUGACGUAGCGUUUGGGUGGUGGUGGCCGGUGGUGUGAAAUAGACAAAUGAAAGCAGACAAAAAAAAAACCAACAACAUAAAGUGGUCAAGGACAGAAAAUGACGUGUGUGUUUUCUUAGCUCACCCUAAACAGAGCCGUUUAAGUCUAUGAAAAUAAUGCGUCAGGGACAGAACUGGUAGAGACGACGCCGUAUUUACUUAGACUUUGUUUGGCUAGUUGCUAACUUUCAACCAACCAAUCACAACUCUACCAUGCCAGUUACCUGCUCUACUCUACCAGCUUCUUUUAGCUAUCUAUGAGUUAAGUUAUUAUGUUCAUUGCUUUUUUUAAUUUAUAGUGGAUUUCUUAACAACUUGGUCUGUCUUUGUGUUACCAUCGUUUUCAUUUUUUUUCAUGUGUAAUGUAAUUCGCUUAUAUGAUAGUAAUUUAUUACUUCUACCAUGACAUCAAGUCAUAGUUACUAUUUAUA